AAAUAAAAAUGCUGCAACAAGUCAAAUAUAAAGAGUCGAUAUUCCGUGUAUUUAUGUAUGGCGACUACGAAUUUCUGUGUGCAAUGUAUGGUAUAACUGGUGCAAAUGGGCGUCACAGCUGUUUGUUUUGCAACAUUACCUCAAAACUAAUGAACAUCCCAGUGUUUACUCGCAAGAAAUUUAAGAAAAGGUCACUGGCGACACUUGAAGAAAAUUUAGCAGAUUUCCGUGAAAGUGGUGGGAGCCCUAAAAAUGCGAAAGAAUUUUAUAAUGUCAUUGACAACAUAUUUUUUGACAUACCUAUUGAUCAAGUCUGUAUUCCUGGUCUUCAUAUUUCCUUGGGUGUAUAUCAAAAGAUGUUUAAAAUGUUUGAGUCUUCUUGCCAAGACUAUGAUGUAAAAAUAGCUCUGCUGUUGGCAACAGAAGACAAUGAACUGGAUUCAGAUUAUGGUGACUACAUCGAAGUCCUUAAAGAAACAAAUGACUUGCAGCAAAAGCUGGAAGAUGAAAAAGCCAAAUUAGCAAACCAGCAAGAUCAGUUAAACUGGCUUGUAAUAUCUGGUGGCUUACAACGAAAUAUACUGACGUACGAGAAAAGUAUAAUAAAAACUGAGAAGAAAAUCACAGAAUUAGAAUUAGAAAUCUCAACCUUGGGAAACAACAAAAGAAUUUUAGUGGGUGUUGGUCCUUGUGCUUCUUCAAUAGAUAAAACGCUGCAAAAAAUGGGUGUUGAACGUCAGGCCUACCAUGGCCAAAGUUUUAUCGGCAACCAUGUACAUAAAUUGCUAAAGAAAGAAAACAUCCAAAAUUUAACAUCCAGCAUUAAAGAGAUUGUUGCAGCACAAAAGCAUGAUGACCAGCUUAUUCACAGUGUGAAUUUAGAAAUGGAUAAGUACGACAUGUUAUUUACUUACUUUGCAGAAGUUCAUAACAUUUACAAUUCGGCAAAAUAUCUGUCAUGUGAGGAAAUACUGGCUUUAGAAAUUUCAAUUAAUAAAUUCAUGAUGCAUCUGCGAACUAACUGGCCAAAAGUUAAUAUUUCACCAAAACUGCAUAUGCUUGAAGAUCAUGUCACUGAGUUCAUAGCAAAAUGGAAUGUUGGAUUUGGGUUUUAUGGCGAACAAGGUGGAGAAAGCUUGCAUCAUGAAAUCAACAGGAUGUCGAGCAGGUACAGCUGCAUCAAAAACCCAGUCGAGCGGUUACGAAAUACAUUAAAGCAACAUUUUGUUAAUGUAAAUCCUGAAUCGAGCCAAUUAAAACCAAAAAUUAAAAAAAGAAAAAUUGCACAUAUCUUUAACUGCAUAUUAGCAUUACUUUGCAAGCUCCUUUAGUCUUUGCAU